AUGAGGCAGAGUGCGGCGGAUUGCAACACACCAUUUCUUCCGCAAGAAAUCAUGAGAAACAUUCUCAUACUGCUUCCGGUAAAAUCUCUAAUCCGAUUUCAAUUUGUGUGCAAGCAUUGGAAAAAUUUCAUCAAGACCCAAUCUUUCAUCCAAGAGCACUUGGAUCACUCCAGUAAUGAAAACCCUUUGCUUCUUUUGCAAUGGGAUGACAGAUGUGAUCCUCUGAACUUACAUAUGCUCAAUUACGAGAUGCAACAUUUUGAAGUCCAGCCCCCUUCUUUGAUGGAUUCCUUAUUGCUGGCUAAGAUUGUUGGCUGCAGCCAUGGGUUACUCUGUGUUCGAGAUGAAAAUGCAGUUUUCCUCUCCUUUUUCUUGUGGAAUCCUGCCACUAGAGUGGUCAGAAUGGUGCCCAGACCUAUAUAUAAGGGAUUUGGUCAUAUCGUUUUUGACAUAUUUGGAUUUGGGUUCAGUCCAAUUGUUAAUGAUGGCAAGAUAGUGAUAUCUCAUGAACUUGAGUUUGAUUCUGUGUUUAAUCGGAUAGAAGUGUAUUCAUUAAGUACAGGAUCAUGGAAGGAAUUAGAAAUAGAAUUUCAGGACUUUCCUGGGGUGGAUUUUCAUGGUUCCUCUCCUGUUACUGCUAAUGGAACUAUGUUUUGGUCUGUGGAUAGGGUGAUUGAAUGUGGCGAUGAAGAAGAAAUUGAUGUUGUUGAAAUAGUGAUACUUUCAUUUGACAUAGCAAUGGACGUGUUUACAUUGCUAACACUGCCUGCUGGAUUAGAUUUUGGUGCACGUGGUUGUCUUACUCUAUAUAAGAACCAACUCGCUAUAUUUUCUCAUACUGUGAUUGGGAACUAUGAAUCUUCUGUGAUUGAUUUGUGGGUGAUGGAGGAGGGUGUUGGCGCAUCUCUGGAGAGAUGGAGUUGGAGCAAAAAACAUAGUAUAAGCACCGAUUAUUACAUUUGUCCACGUGGUAUUUGGUUGGAUGAAAUUAUUUCCUAUUAUCCGUAUGAAGCGUAUGUUUUAUAUUUAUUAAAUAUCAACACUAAUGAAUCAGAAAACUUUGAUACUCGCAGGUGUGGCUAUUCCUUAUCAGUUACUUUCAAUUAUGCAGAAAGUCUGUUACCUGUUGGCAAUUUGCAUAUUGAAGAUCCUGAAUUUUAA